AUGCACGGCCCGCACUUGUACGAUCUCGAGCAGCUGCAGAACCACAUAAGGGUGGUUAAAUGCUGGGUGAAGGAUAUCCGGUACCUGCAGAGCCUAAUCAAAACCGGCAUCAGCUACGACCCUGAGAAGGACUUCUUCAACCCACCUCCCGAACUCGGAAUGUUGGAGAAGCUUGAGAGGCUCAACAUAUGGCCUAGAUUCGCCACUGAUCGUCAUACAGGCCCCCUGGUGUUCGUUAAUGACCCCGGUUUAGAAGAGGAUGUUGGUGACGCCCCCGAGGGUGACGAGCUUGGGCUCGGAGAUGGCGCACAGGGGGAAAAUGGCAUCGGAGGUGGCGCACAGAGGGGAAGCGGCCUCGGAGGUGGCGCACAGGGGGGAAGCAGCCUCAAAGGUUUUGCGCAGGGGGGAAGCGGCCACAGAGGUGGCGAGGCAGACGCGGGGAGGGAGGAAGAGGGGAGGGAGGAAGAGGGGAGGGCGGAGGUGGGGAGGGUGCAGGUGGGGAGGGCGGACGUGGGGAGGGCGGACGUGUGGAGGGCGGACGUGGGGAGGGCGAAGGUGGGGAGGGCGCGGGUGGGGAGGGCGGACGUGGGGAGGGCGGACGUGGGGAGGGCGGUCGUGGGGAGGGCGGAGGUGGGGAGGGCGGAGGUGGGGAGGGUGGACGAGGGGAGGGCGCUGAAGGGCAUGGAGGUAGUGGGGGUGUAG